UAUCCGGAUAACUCUGCACCAGUCUCCACCAUACAGCAAUCUAAAAAUCUGGUAGUUUAAUAUUCAAGCUGUGGAAAAAAAACAUAGAUACAAAUUUGAUCAAGUGAUAUAUUGAUCAGUAACAUAAUAUUGAUGGCGUUAGUUAAGGACAAGGUUGCUUCUGCUGCUUUUUUGUUGUUUCUGCUUGCACAGCUGCUCUUCUUGGCUCCGGUGAACUGCGAUGAUGAAGAAGGCCACGUCCUUUCCGGUAUCAACAGUUACCGGCAAUCCCACAGCUUACCACCUCUAACGAAGCAAGAUAAGGCAGAUUGCUUAGCCGAUGAAAUCGCAGACGAGAUGGAACACCAACCAUGCCCCAGGGGUGGCAUUACGCCAGCGCCAGUAUCUCAAUUUGCUCAGUAUCCCAAACUCUUGGACAAGUGCGACAUAGACAUUAACACGACAAUCGAAGGUGUUAUCCUCCCUGUUUGUGUCCACGAUCGCGUCGCAACUCUCGUGAUCACCAACUAUACUCAGUCUCAGCAUGCGAGGUACCUUAACAAUUCAAAGUAUACUGGAGCUGGAGUUGGCACUGAGAAUGGUUGGACUGUUUUGGUCUUGACUACGAAUACCGUCGGUGGAAGCUUUGCUAGUGGAGUUACUAGUUUGAUUAAUAGUAGUGUGUUUGGUAGGAGUAUUCAUUAUUAUUUUAUGUUUUUGUUGUUAGGUCUCUUCCUAGUUAAUCAUGUCCAUUAAUUAUUAAUAAGACUGGUACGUAGUUGGUCCUUUAAUUAUCUAGAUCUGUAUCAACUGUUUUACUGUAAUAUAUCUAUGUAUAUUGCAAGAGAGUGUAUUA